AGAAAUGAGGAAGAUUGUGAACAAGAGAGAGAAGAGGCGUUCUCUAACAGGAAGAGGUAGAGGAGAGGAGAGCUAAAUAGUUGUCUUCUAUCUCCGUGUGGCUCACACUGAGAGUUGUCUCACCAAAAGAGAGGGAAUAUUUUAUUUAUUUUUAUUCUGUUCAUGUUAUCACCACUGAUCAUACAGAAUAAAACCUUGUUAAACUGGGGUUUUCUUCAAUCUGAACUCAACAGUAAAACAGAUUUCAUCUCAGACUGAUUCUUCUUGUGGGACUAGUUUUAUUAGGAUCCUACUAGUUGUCAUAAUACCAGUCUGUCUCUGAGAUGGGGUCCAGAACUCUUCUACUUGUUCUGGGUCUUCAUUUCACUCUUCUGGGGUACCUAGAGGCCAUAGAUUGCGGCCUGGGCUUCAUGGUCAAAGAGAGACAACAAUGUGUUGAUACAGAUGAGUGUAAAGAGUUGGACAGUACCCCACCCUGUGGAAGUAAUGCUACGUGUUACAACACACAGGGAAGCUUCUACUGUCACUGUCUACCUGGGUUCAUAUCAACAACGACUUUCAAGUUUACUGCUCUCACUGGGGAGUGUAAUGAUCUCAAUGAGUGCCAAGAUACACCACAGGUUUGUGGCAGCAACGCCGCUUGUCUCAACACCAUCGGGAGCUACUACUGCCAGUGUAAACCUGGGUUCAGAUCCACAACCACUGUCAACUAUACUGCUCUCACUGGGGAGUGUAAGGACACGGAUGAGUGUAAGGAGCAGACUGCUGAUUGCCCAAACAACUCAUCCUGUGUGAACACCCCAGGGUCCUACAUCUGCAUCUGCCAGUCUGGGUACACACUAACAGAGAGCAGGUGUGAGGGUGAGAAACAUGCUUUUAUCAUAUGGGACUCCUUUCAACGUGUCACUUCGUAUAAGUGUGUGUGAGUGUAUGUGUGUGUGUACUGUGUGUGUAUUGUGUGUUUGUGUGGAC